AUGACGAAGUUUUCUUCUUUUUCUCUACAUUUCCUGAUAGCUUUGACUUAUAUGACUCGAGAUUGUUACAACUCGGAAAUAAUUGGAGGGCGAGAAGUGGAACCUCACUCCAGACCUUUUAUGGCUUCCCUCCAAUAUAACGGCAUUCACACUUGUGGGGGAGUUCUGAUCCAUCAACAGUGGGUGCUAACAGCAGCCCAUUGCCACUCGCGGAAAGACAAAGGUCGAUUUUCCACUGUGGUUUUGGGCGCACACUCUCUCUCAAAGAAUGAGCGCUCCAAACAAACACUUUCUAUCAAAAGGUUUAUACCAUUCCCAAGAUUUGCAUCAGACCCUACAUCAAAUGAUGUUAUGUUGAUUGAGCUAUACACGAAUGCAACACUCAACAAGAAUGUCCAGCUGCUUCAGCCAAGAUUUAGAACUGAUAUUAAAGCUAAUACAAAAUGCCAGGUUACUGGCUGGGGUGCCACUAACUCCAAAUCUCAAUUCUUCUCUGACACCCUGCGAGAAGUGACAGUUACUGUCAUAAAUCGAAAACUUUGCAACAGCCAAAGCUAUUACAAUCACAAACCUAUAAUAACUAAAGACUUGGCAUGUGCAGGAAACACCAGAGGCCAGAAGGAUUCCUGCAAGGGUGACUCUGGUGGGCCUUUGGUCUGCAAUGGUGCCUUCUCUGCCUUAGUCUCUAAAGGUUACAAAUGUGGCAUUGCCAAGAAACCAGGAGUCUACACUAUACUUAAUAAGAAAUAUGAGGCUUGGAUCAAAAAAAAUCUUUCUCAUUACUAA